AUGGGAGCUGCUGGUGCUGUAGAGUGCUGCAGGUUGCUGUCUGGCGUGGAGGUGUGCUGCAGGUGCUGCUGUCCAAGUGCAGGAGCUGUCUGGCGUGGAGGAAGGUGCUGCUGUCCAAGCUGUCAAGUGCUGCAGAGUGCUGUCCAAGUGCUGCAGAAUGCUGUCCAGAAGAUGCUGUUGGUGAGGUGGACAGGUGCAGCCCAUGCUGCUGUUCAGCAGCGUUUCUGCCCUUUACAGGUACUGCCAGCUGCUUUGGAGGAUGGUGCAGGACCGGAGAAUCAUCAUCGUCGAUUUCAAGCUUCUUGGUUUCAGACAUACUCAAGUUGGUUGGAGUAUUCGGAAUCAAAUGAUGCCAUCUUCUGUCGUCCAUGUUACAUUUUUGCUAAGAAAUCAACAGGCCGUCUAGGAUCAGAUGCAUUUACAGUGAAAGGUUUUAGGAAUUGGAAAAAGGUGAACGAUGGAAUGCAUUGUCCUUUAAUGGGACAUGUGGGGACAGAUCCAAAUUCACCACAUAAAAUUGCUGUGAAAUGUUGUGAAGAUCUGAAGAAUUAUUCACGGCAUAUUGGGAAGUUGAUUGAAAAGCAGUCAUCACAAGAAAUAGAGAAUAAUCGAUUGCAGCUCAAAACCUCAAUAGAUAGUGUUAGAUGGCUAGCAUUCCAAGCAUGUGCAUUUAGAGGUCAUGAUGAAAGCUCCGACUCAAAAAAUCAAGGUAACUUCAUUGAAUUGAUAAAGUUAUUAGCAACUUUUAAUGAUAAAGUUGAUGGAGUUGUGUUGACAAAUGCACCACGGAAUGCCAAAUAUACAUCACUCAAAAUUCAAAAAGAAAUUUUUCAUAUCUUUGCAACUAAAGUGAGAGAUGUGAUUCGCAAAGAAAUUGAGGAUGCUAAAUUUUGCAUUCUUAUUGAUGAAGCUCGGGAUGAGUCAAAAAGGGAGCAAAUGGCAAUCAUUUUGAGAUUUGUUGAUAAAGAUACAUCUAGAGAAGCAAAAUUUGUUCAUCAGUUCUUUGAGAAUUUGAAUUUUAUUAUCAACAUCGUUGUUGGUUCUUCAAAAUGCAAUGAUGAAUUGCAAUCUGCUCAAGUUGCUAAGAUUGAAAGUAUGAUUGCUUCUAAUGAAAUCGAGACUGGAAGGGGGGCAAAUCAAAUUGGUACUUUGCAACGACCUGGAGAUACUCGAUGGUCUUCUCAUUUUAAUUAUGUUUGUAGCAUGAUAAGAAUGUUUCGUGCAACUUGUUCAAUUCUUGACACUAUCUCAAAGGAAGGAACCAACUAUUCUCAACGCGGUGAUGCUGAAGCGGCUUAUAUGGUAUUAACAUCAUUUGAAUUUGUUUUGAUAUUGCAUUUGAUGAAAGAGAUUAUGGGAUAUAUGCAUUAUGUUCCUGAUAUGAAUGCUCGUUACAUUAGAGCUCGAGGUAGAUCAUGUCGCCAAAAUGAAGAAUCUUCCAUGACAAUGGAGCAUCAUUUUAGAAUUGAUGCGUUUAUUGCUGCAAUAGACUUCCAAUUACAAGAACUGGAUAAUAGAUUUAGUGAGCAUGCAGUGGAACUUCUUUGUCUUAGUGCCGCUUUAAGCCCUUUAGAUGCAUACAAAUCAUUUAAGAUUGAUGAUAUAUGUAGCUUAGUUGAGAAGUUCUAUCCUCAAGAUUUUACUGAGCAAGAGAAAAUCAUUUUGAGAUUUCAAUUGGAUCAUUAUAAGCUUGAUGUGCCAAAACAUUCAGAUUUUCAGAAUAUGUCCACUUUAUCUGAGUUGUGCAGAGGAUUAGCAAUUUCAGGAAAAUCGAAGAUUUAUAAUUUGAUUGACAGGUUGAUUCGUCUAGUGUUGACUCUCCCUGUUUCUACCGCUACUAUUGAACAAGCCUUUUCUGCCAUGAAACUUGUAAAAACUAGAUUACGUAGUAGAAUGGAAGACGAGUUUCUAGCAGAUAAUUUGAUAGUUUAUAUCGAGAAAGAAAUUGCUAAGGAUUUCACGACAGAGAUGAUAAUGAAUGAAUUUUAUUCCAUGAAAGACUGUCGACGUUGA